AUGGUCGCGCCCGCUGUCCCUGAGAUUCACGAGGAGGAGGAUAUCUAUGUUGCGGUCGAUGCGCGAACGGAGUCCUUGCAGAGCUUGCGAGAACUAGGUCCUCCAGACCUAGUCUAUUUGGUCAAGCAGCCCAAGGCCAAUUCGACUCGCCAGACCGGAGUUUAUCAUCAUGUCACCGGAAUCGAUGCUUCCUCGUCCGCUAGCCUAGCCGCCUAUGUUAAUACCCUCACAUUCUCUCCCCUCGACAAGACGCAUAAAGUGGUGUCGGGGAUCUACUGUUGCUACAAUGCAUUCUCCCAUCUCGAUAUGCGCGUCGAAGUUAAAAUUCCCGGAAGUUUGGAGAGCUACUGCAUUGAUGAACGGGGUGACAAGCGGGUUGCCACUGAGGCUCUUUGGCUUGAGACCUUCCUUUGCGCCGUUCUGAGGGCUUACCUUUAUGCGGACGAUGGAAGUGGAGAUUCGGUCAAGAGGAUUGUUGGAGUCAGACGAUUCAACCCCGUGACAAACACGGAGAUGGAGCACAAAUUCCUGGAUGCUGCCGAGAAGCUUUUUUUUCUUGGGUAUGGAUCUCAAACCAAUUGGCCUGUUGUGUCCCUGACUAACAACACUUUAGGACGCCAACUGAGCUCUGACCCCGAAACCCAAGUCCCUAACACUGUGAGCAACCACCUCACAUCCGGAAUCCUCAAAUACAUCCAUACGACUGGCCGCUAUACCUCCGGAAUCAACUUAUUCGAGAAGCUCCGCACAAAGGAUGUUGAGGUUUCGUCCCUCCUGGCUCGUGUGCAAAUUAUGGCAGACGAGGAGGUACAAGCGGUACGCCUCAUGUAUGACGCUUUACAAGAUGUUCCGAUGGACUAUGCUCUACUCGAUUGCCAGGCUACUUUCUGUCAAAGCAAAGGCGAAAGCGAGAUGGCACUUGAGUGCGCUAAGCGUGCAGUUACUGCAGCUCCCAGCGAAUUCAGUACAUGGGCUCGCCUGGCAGAGGUAUAUGUCAGUAUGGAACGCUGGGAUUUGGCGCUUCUGACUCUCAACUCUUGCCCCAUGUUCACCUAUCAAGACAAGGAUACCCCUCGCAUGCCACAACCGUCACGCAUCAUGCUCCCAAUUCUUGCUGAAAGUAUUCUCGAUGAAAUCGACGAAGGCCAGCCAAAGCAGGGAGACCCGCACGACUAUGUUCACCCUUCGCUUCGGAAAAUCCAUGCUGCUAGUUACCAAGGUACUUUCUUAAAGGCCUACAAUCUUCUGACCAAAAUCGCUGCUGCCAUUGGAUGGGACCAGCUACUCAAGGCUCGUAGCCAGGUUUUCGUGAUGGAAGAAGAAUACCGCGUUGAGCGGCAGCACGUUCCUAAACCCGCUACAUCCUCAGGGGCGGAGACAAAUGGCAAUAGCCCCAGCAACGAAGAUGAAUCUGGCUCUGUGGCUGACCCUGACGCGACCGAGCCGUCUUCGGAAGAAAUUACCAAUGGAGAUGUGGGAGACAGCCACGCUGAAAGCCCCCUCGAGCGACCGGAGCAAACAGUGGCAUCCGAAGUUGUCAAGUCUGGCAAGGAAGAUCCUGACCCAUCUCACGCCGCAUAUACCCAAUUCCGAAACAAGCGACUUUGUGAAAGAUGGCUAGAUAACUUGUUUAUGGUACUUUACGAGGAUCUGCGUAUCUACACCAUUUGGCGGACCGAAAUGGCCCAGUUCCGUCAACAAGCCAUGGAAUACAAGAAAUCUGCUACGGAGUGGGAAAUCCUUGGUGAGCUUGCGCAGCGACUACACCAUUUCGACGAAAGCAUUGAGGCAUACCAGAGCUGUCUAGCCACUCGAUUCUCCCCCAAGGCUAUGCGUGGAGUGUUGAAAUUGUACGAACAACGAAAUGACACCAGAGGCAUGCUUGGCGCGUUGAUCCGCCUCAUCGCAUGGCAAUAUCGUUGGUACUCCGAAUUCUCCCCCGAGCUUUUGUUCCUAGUUCGCAAGCUCAUUGAGGACGAGGGUGCUGUUAAAGUCCGCAGCAUUGUCCAAGCGACCAACUUGCCUCAAGCCGUCCUCGACCUCACACACCAGUACUGUCAACUAUGUGCUACCUUCCGCAGCAGUGGUAGCGACACUUAA